GGCGCGACACGCCUUUAAUUCAAUUAUUUUGCUCUGCUUUAAGUAAAAAACUAAGCAACAUUAUUCAUAUACAAUACGAGCGUAAACUUAUCUACUGUUUUUUAAAGAGUUCAAGAGCAAAGCAAAUAAACGACUUAACACGAAAAAAACAAAACAUAUAAAGCACACACCUCUAAUUAUAAAAAAGAUUUGAGGAACAAAGAAUAAAAUGUAAAAUCUAAAACGAAUUUCAAAACAUUAUUUUUCAAUUAAAAAUAGUGCAAAUUUCAAAAAAAUUAAAAUAAUAAUAAUAAUUGAUAACUUUGUCGCGAACGUCGAAUAGGAUUGCAAUUAUAUUUCCUGCGCAUUGUAUUGUGUUAAUUGGGACUUCCCUUUUAAGAACAUGAAGCAUUAAAUUAUUCCAAUUGUCAGUUGGACAGGCGCAAAAAUCGAUUUGCGAAGGUUAGAUUUGAGGUUUCCAGAUAAUUAUUUGCUUAGACAUUAUUGUUAUUAAUUAACUGAUUAACAAUAUUAAACACCAAAUCAAACGAGUAUUAUUUGUAUAUAAAAUAAGACAAGUGAAAACAAGACGUGUUUUGAAAAAGAAUUUAGACUACCCAAAUCGUUUUCGCUCGGAGAUUCAUUGUGUUUCAGACGAAGUGAAUGCAUUUUUAGGAUCGGAGACCCAUGUGAAUACGGAUUCUUUCGGCUAUCAACAAGUAUUUACUGCAAAUCGCAGCAAUAUUUCGAUAUUUUAUUUUAAAGACCAUUGCGGGACUCUAUGGAUGACCCAUCAAUCAAAAAGCGAUUGAUUGAUUUUGGUACCGACGACCAUGAGUACGAUGAAGUCCAUGAACUACCAGAGGAAUCAAACAAUCAGUUAUUGCAGCCAACAUCAACUUCACAAAAUAUCCAUAUUGGAGACAACAGUGUCGCAGCAUCAAGCAUUAUUGCUGUCGUUGGGGGCACAGCAACCGAGGAUUCGCUGCCAGAGCUGCCACCUCCAAAGCAGAAAUCUGUAAAGAAUUCCAAGAAUAAACAAAAGCAGAAAUCAGCCAACAAAUCAAAAAUACCACGAUCUCCGUCGCUGGCGAGCAGCUUUAGUAGCUUGGCUAGCAGCUUUAGUGGCAGUCAUAACAAUAAUAACAACGUUCCACCACAGACGCCUCCAUUGCCAAGCAGUUAUCAACAGCAGAAUAAAAAAAAUAAGGCGAAACUUAUGAAUGGUGCGGAGAACUCUGAUUGUGCAAGUGCAACGCCAGCGGCUGCACUUGCCGUGCCCGGACCAUGUGAGAGCAAUCUAAUGGGACCUGGUGUCCUAUUAAGUCCAGUUCUUACUGAUGGCGACGUGGGAACUAGCCCGUGUUCAACGGGUAGUCGUCCUCAGACACAACUAACUCCAAUUGCACCAGUGCAAAAACCAAUGACUCCAAACCCAGCAUCACCAAAAAAUUUUCAGUAUUUAACCUUAACUGUUCGGAAGGAUGAUAAUGGCUAUGGUAUGAAAGUAUCGGGCGACAACCCGGUUUUUGUGGAAAGUGUAAAGCCCGGUGGAGCUGCACAAAUUGCUGGUUUAGUUGCCGGGGAUAUGAUCUUGAAGGUAAAUGGACAAGAAGUGCGGCUGGAAAAGCACCCGACUGUUGUGAGUUUAAUCAAAGCUUCCACAAUCGUGGAACUGUCUGUGAAACGCAGUCAAAAGAUGUCUAGGCCCUCAUCUGUGGGAAUUGUGCCAACGACACCGAUACUCUCGGGCCGCGAUCGCACAGCCUCAAUUACUGGACCCCAACCUGUUGAUAGCAUCAAACGACGAGAAAUGGAAACGUACAAGAUUCAAACUCUACAGAAAAUGUUGGAGCAAGAAAAAUUAAAUCUGGAGCGUCUUAAAGGCGACACAAAUAAUCCCAGCUAUAAACUGUCCGAGGCAAACAUACGAAAGUUGCGUGAACAAUUACGUCAAGUAGGAGCUGAGCAGCGAAUUCAAGAUGCUUUUAAUCCAAUGUCGCAGUCCCUUUACCACCAUGUCCAAACGAACACGUCAAACGUGCAUCAGAAUACGCAGCGUAGCUUGCAACAACAAUAUGUCUAUCAGCAGCAACGAUUAAGAGAAAAUUUAAAAUCAACAUCAGGAUCAAAGUGUAAAAAUAUGUUUACAAUAUCAAAGAGUUUAAUCGAGGAAGAUAUUCCGCCGCCCUUACCACAACGAAAUCCAACAAGGCAACUUACAUUGGAUUUGGGUAAUGCAAACAGUUCCCAGCUUUUUGCCCCGAUUUCCGACUUGGAUCGCGCUGGCAGUCCCCAGCGAAGUUCACCGAAGUCGAGCACAAAUAUAAACGAAAACAGUGGUCCUGUAAAUAAUAACAACAACAAUAACAGCAGCGCCAAGGCAAAGCGAUCAAAAGUCAAAGCUAAAGCUUUAUCGGAUCCAAAAAUGACAACGCAAAUGUUUUUACAAAUGGAAACAACUAAUAGGGCACUUGUAACUGAAGAUGUGAGUAAUUGUGGCAACAUGGAAGUCGAUAAUGUGCCCCCACCUCUGCCUCCUCGGCAGCCGGGGAUGUUGUCAGAAGAGAUAAAUCGUGGCAGCUGCCAGAACCUAAAUACUGGACGCGCACAACCAAAUUCUGUAGGUACUGGUUACAAUUAUCCACUUGUUUCGACAUGUACUGCAGUUCAAAGCGACAAUUUGAAGGCGGCCUUUCCAUUAUCGCAACGCCCAAACAUAGUUAAGAAAUUGCAACAGAACCAACAGCAACAACAGCCACUCGGCGGUAUGUCCACAGCAGUCCUAGGUCAAACACCCCCUCUAAAUCAAAUGAAACAUCGACGCGUUGGCUCUUCACCGGACAACAUGCAUCCAAGACACCCGGAUAGAUUAGUAAAAACCACUUCUGGCUCUUGGGAGAUCGUCGAGAAAGAUACUGAGAUAACGCCACCAGGUACUCCACCGCCCCCAUACCUAACAAGUUCACACAUGCCCGUCCUUGAAGAUCCAAAUGAAAGCUGCAGUGGAGGAGCGGGAAUAUUUAUAGAAGCGCAUCACUUUACGCCACUGGCGUCACCUUCGCAGCAGCCUCUACAUUCCAGCCGCAUACAGGCGGCUCAAUCAACUGACACGCAGAAGGAAAUUAUAUCAAUGGAAGACGAGAACUCCUCUGAUCAGGAAGAACCAUUUAUCGAUGAAAAUGGACCAUUUAACAACUUAACUCGGUUGCUUGAGUCCGAAAAUGUUGUUUUUCUAGCUGUCUUCCUUAACUAUGUUUUGUCCAAUUCCGAACCAGCGCCACUUCUUUUCUACCUUAUAACUGAACUAUACAAGGAGGGUACUUCCAAGGACAUGCGAAAGUGGGCCUAUGAAAUACACUCAACUUUCCUUGUACCGCGUGCACCGCUGUCUUGGUAUCGACAAGACGAGUCUUUAGCGAGGGAAGUAGACAAUGUGCUACAGCUGGAAUUUGAUAAAGUGGAAAUAUUGCGAACUGUGUUUUUACGCAGUCGCAAGCGUGCCAAGGACAUCAUUAGCGAACAGUUACGGGAAUUUCAGCAGAAACGCACGGCUGGUCUGGGAACUAUAUAUGGGCCUACCGACGACAAGCUCGCUGAAGCGAAGGGGGACAAGCAGAGGGAACAAAUUAUUGACAAAUAUCUUAUGCCCAACCUGCAAUUGUUAAUUGAAGAGUUUGAAAAGGAUUUGCCACAAGAAGACGCUCGGAAACUUGCCCUGUGUUCUGCUCUUUCAACGGUGAUACACCGCAUCUUUACUACACGUUCGCAUCCAAACAGUAUUGUGGAUCGUGUUCACCAUUUCGUUAGCCGUGAAAAGAGUUUCAAAUCACGAAUAAUGGGCAAAAAUCGAAAGAUGAUUGUACGGGGUCAUCCAUUAGUAUUACGACAAUACUACGAAGUGACACAUUGUAAUCAUUGCCAAACGAUUAUAUGGGGUGUGAGCCCACAAGGUUAUCAUUGCACAGACUGUAAAUUAAACAUUCACCGUCCGUGCUCGAAAGUGUUAGAUGAAAGCUGCCCAGGACCGCUUCCUCAAGCAAAACGACACCCGCACAACGACAACAAAAUUAGUAAAUUUAUGGGUAAAAUAAGGCCUCGGACGAGUGAUUUUAUAGCAAAUGAAAAACGCGCUCGUCAGGAUGAGGACAUGGAUACAGAGUCAAUUAACGACCGCGUACACUCAUCAAUUGUUCGCCAGCCAUCAGACCGCAGGCUUGAUGCUAACAUAUCGAUUCGUUCUAAUGGCAAUACAUCCAGUAGCACCUCUGUGCUUAAUAGUAGCGAUUUGCAAAAUUCUUUUCACGCUACCAGCAACGCUAACGAAAGUGCUACCAGUAGUGGUGGCUUCGUAGGUGUCUCAGAUCUUACUAUAAGCUCGGGUUCUACGACUUUAUCUAAUUGUUUGACAGGCGGGACUGGAAUGACUUCUAUAAGCGAUCUAAAUGCACCUGAAUCGGCCGACAGUAAGGAUGCGCGAAGGGAAACUUUUUACCAACAUAAUAAAAGCGCACCGGUAUCGGUAAACCGAUCAGAGUCGUACAAGGAACGACUUUCAAACAAGCGGAUCCGUAAUAGCCGUCGCAAAACUUCAGACCCGAGCUUAUCAUCGCGAACCAAUGAUGACCAAGCAGACCUGGGCCUCUCAACAUCAAACUAUACGGGAAGCUCAAGUUCUAGUCUCUCUUCGGGAGGUGGUUCUGAUAGUCCAAGUACCUCAAUGGAACAGGUUGCUAGUGGUAUUGCCGCAGCAACCAUUGGGACAAGCGUCAUAUCCAGUGCAGCCAAUUUACACCAGCAUCCGCAUAUUCUUAUGCAGCAGCACGCAAAUCAGCACAGUCAGCAAGAUUCGUUUCAAGGUAGCGUAGGAAGUAACAGUAGUGCCAGUAACACAAGCUUCUGGAAUGCCGGACAACCUGCGCAACGUCAGUGGAAUUUUGAAAGCGAUGAUGACGAUCUCAAUGAAGCCGACUGGAGUUCAAUAGUUGCUGUUGAGAUGCUUGCAGCGCUAACAGAUGCUGAAAAAAAGCGACAAGAAAUAAUAAAUGAAAUCUAUCAAACAGAACGGAAUCACGUCCGCACUCUUAGAUUAUUGGAUCGUUUGUUCUUUUUGCCUCUCUAUGACAGUGGCUUGCUGUCCCAAGACCAUUUAUUGCUAUUAUUUCCCCCUGCAUUGCUGUCCUUGCGAGAGCUUCACGGUGCCUUCGAACAAAAGCUUAAGCAACGUCGUGUAGAGCAUAAUCACGUUGUACAACACGUUGGGGAUUUGCUCUCGGACAUGUUUGAUGGUAAAUCUGGUGAGGUGCUAUGUGAACACGCUGCUUCAUUUUGCGCACGCCAGCAAAUAGCACUUGAAGCAUUAAAAGAAAAGCGACACAAGGACGAACAAUUGCAAAAAUUGCUUAAAAAAUCAGAGUCACAUAAGGCUUGUCGUCGACUAGAGCUGAAGGACUUAUUGCCCACGGUAUUACAGCGACUGACCAAAUAUCCUCUUUUGUUUGAGAAUCUAUAUAAGGUCACUAUUCGAGUACAACCUGAAAACACCACUGAAGCAGACGCUAUACAGCGCGCCGUGGAGUCGUCAAAGAAGAUUCUUGUUGAAGUAAACAAGGCUGUCAAAACGGCUGAAGAUGCUCACAAGUUGCAGAACAUUCAACGCAAGUUAGACAAAUCUUCAUAUGAUAAAGACGAAUUUAAGAAACUGGAUUUAACACAACAUCGUCUCGUUCAUGACGGAAACUUAACGAUGAAAAAGAAUCCUAGUAUACAACUUCAUGGAUUGCUUUUUGAAAAUAUGAUAGUUUUGCUAACAAAACAGGAUGAUAAAUAUUUACUAAAGAAUCUUCAUACACCACUAGCUGUCAGUAAUAAGCCUGUAAGCCCUAUUAUGAAUAUUGACUCGGAGACUUUAGUGCGUCAGGAAGCCGCUGAUAAGAAUUCAUUCUUUUUAAUAAAGACAAAGACCUCUCAAAUGCUAGAGCUUCGGGCGCCUAGCAGCUCUGAGUGCAAAACGUGGUUUAAACACAUAUCUGAUGCUGCUGCACAACAAUAUAAGCCUCGAUCGAGAAAUGCUAACAAUCAAGAUGCGCCUAGUGAUGACCCUGUUAUCCCAACAACACCGCAGUCACAUACCAGGGAGUCAGUGGAUCCAACGCCUGACCGUUCCCAACCAACAAGCGCUACUGCAAUUGUUACUACAACGCCUCUGGCACCGCUUCUCCCAAUAGCUACUGUAGCACCAGCCCCAACCACAAGUAAUAACUACGACAGCGGUGCUCAGCUAAGUAAUUGCCGCCGCGAGAGCUCUAAUAAUGAUAAUGAAGGCUAUUACAACAUAAUGGCUAAGCGACGUCUUAGCCAAAACGACACAAGCGCAACCAUAAGUCGUACCAUGUCCACGCGCAGCUGUGGAGAGCCUAAUAAUAACUAUCCCACCAUUACUCAGGAUAUAAAUACUGUAUGUUUGCGUCACACCCAAUCAGCACGCGAGGCCAAUAACGAGGACCGCACAAUGAACUACGAGUUAGUAGGCGGACAGUCAAAGCGCGACAGCGCGAGCAUCGUUUGCUCGAAUAAUUCUAAUAACACACGCACAUUACUCAUGCAGUCACCCCUUGUUGAACCAACCGCGAUUCAAAUUAGUAUAAGCCCUGCGCACACUGCCGAGCCGGUGUUGACGCCAGCUGAGAGAUUACGUCGCCUAGAUGCUUCUAUUCGAAACGGUUUACUGGAGAAGCAGAGAAUUAUUUGUGAUAUAUUUCGCUUGCCAGUGGAGCAUUUUAACGAAAUUGUCGAUAUUGCUAUGAUGCCAGAAGCACCCAAAGACAGCGCUGAUAUUGCACUAGCUGCCUAUGAUCAAGUCCAGAUGUUGACCAAAAUCUUAAAUGAUUACAUGCAUGUAUCUCCGGAAAUGGAGAUAUCCGCUGUAUCGACGGCUGUGUGUGACCAUUGUCACGAAAAGGAAAGGCUUCUCAAUAUUGCAAUGUCUCCACCACCAUUACCGAAACCAAAAAAGCAACAACAGGCUCAACAGCAAACGCCACAGCUAAAGAAAACAUCAAAACAUAAAUCACUUCUUGUUGAAGAGGUAGCCAUACAUGAGGAUGACGACGGAUAUUGCGAAAUUGACGAGUUGCGUUUGCCUUCUAUUCCUGCAAAGCCAUCAGAUACAGCUACCCCGUUGGCGCCCUUUAAUUUUUCAACUGUGCCAGCUACAGAAAAUAGUUUGAUAUUGGCUCAGUCAAACAGCAAUAAUACUGAUAUAGACAAAAGACAAAGCACCAUUAGUGUUGAUGGCAUUUGUGGAGAAUCGCCCGAUGAGUUGCAUUCAGGCUUAGGUUUCAAUGCCCAGAAUUCAGAGGCAUCAAUAACACUUAAAGCUCCAAAAUUAAAUGAAGCAACUGAAAUAAUAGAGCCAUUAAUUUUAUCUGAACUUAACGAUAAAAAUCAAAUACCAGCAUCAAAAAUGACAAACCAGCCGACUCAACAGAUGGGAGACUCGUAUACUUUAGAUGCGACGCAAAGUGAGGAAUCUGUAGACAAAAGUGACCACAUUGAAAUUAAUGAUGUGUAUGAUAAUUUGCAGGCUGCACUUAAUAGGACUCACAUUAGAUUAUCCACGGAUGACAUUUCCCCAAAAACAACACAGUCAAUGCCUCCAGCUGAAGUGGAAAAGGGGGUAGGAUCGACACCGACUGUUGGAAACUUAUGUAGACUUAACCGCAUUCAGCAUGCUAAUUCUUUAGAGCCAAGCGUUCCAUGUCAUGCUCUCAGCAGUAUUGUAAAUGUGUUGAAUGAGCAAAUUUCUCUACUUUUGCCCAAAAUUAAUGAACGCGAUGUAGAGCGCGAGCGUCUACGCAAAGAAAAUCAACAUUUACGUGAACUUUUAAGUGCCAUGCAUGAUCGUCAGCGAGUUGAUGUAAUACAGCACACACCAACCGAUAUAUUGACGAUUAUGCAAGCGGCUGACGCAGAAUUCGAAGAUGAUAUUGACUCAAUUUCCAACAUAUCCCUUACACCAACACCCACACCGUUACCUUCCGAUUCUACUAUCGAAGCAAAGAGAGAUUCACGGGAUCCGCCAUCACAUUUAGCUGCAGACUUUCUGGAAACCAAGGAUUCUAAACAAAACGUUGACCGUGAUACACAAUUGCCAGGCGAUUCUCACAGGCAACCAGAAACAUUAUUAGAUGCCGCCGAUGAAAAUAAUACAAUGGAGCAGAAACGCGAAGAUAAAAGCGUUAAGAACUAGCGACAGAAUGCAACACCUUGUCUGGUGUUAAACGUUCCGCAUUCUCUUUUGCGAAAAUGAUGCGAUGGACUUCUAAUACUGUGACUACUCCUUUAUGCAAUGUCUUAAGAAAGCGUUGAUAUAGACAAUAGCUUCUUUUAUGCAGGUUUAAGCACAAAUCUUUGCAACGCCAUUGUCCAAUUGAAUUGGCAGCGUCUGUGUUAAUAUGGCCUUAUUAAAACAUUCAACUACUUAUUAUAGCUACUUUUGCUUUACUAAGUUGUAACUUGUAGUGGCUUAAGGGUGAAAUAAGUUUUGCUUUAAAAUACCUAUGUAAAUUCCAUUUAGUGACAUUAAAUAAUUUAAUACAAAUUAAUAUUAGUCAUUUUGCGAUAAAAAGCAAUUAUUGUAUAUGAAAUAUUACGAAUAAACUUGAUGUAAAACAAACGUAAAUAUCAACUUGUAAAAUGUAAAGUACACAACGCCUAAUACAUUACAUAAACACCCCUAAUUAAAACAAGAAAAGUUAUAUAUAUAUAUAUAUAUACAUAUACAUAUAAGCAGAAGUUACACGAUUGCAUGGUUGACUCUCAUAUGGUUAACAUCAUAUACCCUAAGCCCAGAAUCUAGGGACUUCAAAUUUUGAAACGUAUGUCGUCUUAGUACCCGCGCAGUAUAAGUUCGAUAACUUACCCGUUUUCUAUCAAUGCAUAAAAAUCAAUACCAAAAUCAAAUUCUUGAGAACAUCUCUUAGGUUUUAAGAGCUAGAAUCCCCAAACAUGUAGCUUC